AUGGCAGAAGAAACACUCGCAUCUGCGGUUGCAGUGCCUGAACAGGACCACUUGGACGUAUCACCGGAGACCCGUCCCAAGCGAAGGAAUUCCUCUAUUGCGGGUACUGAUCCAGAUACCAAGCGUCGCCGACUCAGCACUCAAGACGAGGAGGGCGACUCGACUACAGCUCGCCGAACAUCGUCUCCCGAUCCCGUAGAACAGAGACCACCUCGCAGGGAGAGUCGACAAGUUAAAGGACGCGAUGAGGAACGUAAGCGUGGACAGCGAUUAUUCGGCGCACUACUGGGAACGCUCUCCCAAACCCCCAGUACAACGGCUCAGAGACGACGCGCAGAUAUUGAGCGAAAACAGCAGGACAAAUUGAAGCUCCAGGAGGAAGAGUACGGCGAGCUGAAGAAGAAGAAGAGGGAGGAGCGAGCAGCCAUCCGGAAGAAACAACAGAGAUACUAUGAAGAGGAAUCGUUGCGAACCCGCCACUCGAAUUUGUUGGCAAUGGCACAUUUCUUGAAGACGAAAUCAGAGCCAGUAUUAUACUACAAACCGUGGGAACUGCGCCCCGAAGACGAGGAUGUAAUACGCAACCAGAUUGAAGAAACAGAAGCAACAAUCUCUCGAGAACGCACUGAGUUUGAAGCACGCUAUCCACCCGGAGAUGAAGGAGAGCCUAAGAAGGAAGAUGAUGGGGCCGAACGGAGAGAAUCAGAAUCGCAAGACCAGGCCCCGCUGCCCGACGCGGAUAUCACGGAGCAGCCCAAAGACACAACUCAAGGAAGCUCAGACAAGGCGGAUGUUGAAACAAACCAUGACGGAGGUACGGAGACUGCUCCACCUGAUACUACACCUGUAUCAGUCAGUCAUAACGAUUCAGAUGUACAUCGGGCACCUGAUGAUGAUGGGGGAGAAGUGGUUGAGGACAACGAAGAUACGGUAAUCUAUUAA